AGCAAGCAUCACCACCACCACCACCAAAACUCAACCUCAAUCCCCACCAACCUACCUUUCUCCACUCACCAACUCCAACCACACGGAAUACACCUGAAACCAAUGCCUCAAUAAACACCACCACCACCACUACUCAAGCCAUCCACGAACACAGCCCCACAACCCAACCAAAACACCUCCCCGCGAACAUCCCCCACGAAGACAGCAAAAUGAACACUCAAGCCCACACCACCCUCUCCACCCUCGAAUCGGCCCUGCACACCCUCCUCACCACGCUGACGACCUCGCCAACCGCCUCCGGCGCCCCGGCCGCUGCCCUCUCCCUCCUCGCCGCCGACGACGCCCUCACGUCCACGAUCGACGUGCUGCGCGUGCACCAGCGCAACUACGCGCGUCUGCUGGGGCUGCGCGCGGAGGCGCAGGCCCUCGAGGAGAAGGUCCGGGGGAUCGUGCGCGAGGUCGUGGAGUACGAGGGGGUGGUUCGGGGGGUUUGUGGGGAUUCCGAUUCAGAGAGUGAUUCGGACGAGGAGGAUGAUACUGAUCUGGAUUCUGAGGCGGGGUGGGAGGAGGGGGAUGGGGAUACGGAGAUGCAGGGCACGGAUGGAUUAGGGGCUGGGAAGAAGACGAAGCUACGCGGCGUGAAGGAGGUGGAUUACAAGCUGCUCCUGGACUUUGCGCGGCGCAUCAGCAAGUAUAAUCAUCAGGCGGCAGCGGAUGCGGCUGCUGGGGUUGAGGAACGGGUUGCGGCGCGGAGGGGGUCGGCGCAGGAUGCGGAGAUGGGGGGGAUGGGGGCGGGAGCUGGGGCUGGCGGCGCGAAUGGAGCCGGGGAUGCCACUGCUCCUGCUCCCGCUGAUGCUGAGCCGGUGGCCGAGGUGACCAAAGGGGCGACCUCGUGGUUGGACGAGAGCGCGCAGUUGGCGCGGCAGGUGUAUAUGUUGCCGUAUCCGAUGGAGGAUCGCAUCCGCAUGGGCCUGAUGGGUCAGAUCCAGUUGGUGGCGGCGGAGGGGCGGCCGGGUUUCCAGGUUGAGGCGGAGGUGGAGCGCAUGAUUCGCGAGGCGGAGGGGUUGGGCGUCGCGGCGCCGGUGGCUGCCGCGCCGGGGCCGGAGGUCGCGGAGCAGGCUAGGCAUGCGGAUGAGGCGGCCAGGGCGGCGGCGGCGGCGGGCUCGUCUGCUGCUUCAGCGACGACUACUGUUGGUGGGAGUGGGAGUGCUAGGCCGCCGGCGAAGCCCAAGGCUACGUUGGAUUUGGAUCUGUAUGAUCCGGAUGAGGAUGAUGAGUGAUCUUGUGUACGGUACGGUGGCAGCUGGUCUGUCUUGAUUGAUGACUUAUGCGAAAUGUGUCUAAUAUUGGGCGAGGGAUAUGGGUCCCAUGUAGUUUCACAUGCGGAGAGCCCUUCGCUGUUUACUUUCUGUGUUUCCCUAAUAGUCUAUAAGUGAUCUGUCUGUGCUCUAGGAUACCAACGAUUGCGUAUAGAGUAUAUAUAUCUGAAACCGGC